AAAAAUAAAAAACCCUAAACCCACCUCCUCUCUCUCUCGUUCGGCCCUCUCUCGCCGUCACUCUCGGCAGCGCCACCCCUCCCCUUUGGCGGUUCUCUUCACCGGCGACCCCCCCCCCCCCUCGACGGUCAUCUUCUCCCUCUCACCAUGGCCGAAAACAGCGAGGUCACUUCCCAAAAUAUCUCCUCCAAACCUCCUCAUCUUGCAUUCACAACUGUCUCUAAUGUGAAACUUCAUGUCCCCGUUCAACUCAGUCUCUCCCAACCUAAUUUCAAAAAGUGGAGCCGCCUCUUCCUUCUCCUGGUUCGGCGGUUCAACCUCAAGGGCUACAUCGAUGGCUCCGUCGUCCCCCUCUCCGAUGACGACGACGAAUGGUUCCAACUCGACGCUCUCCUCCAGGGUUGGAUCCUCUCCACCAUCACCGAUGAGUCUCCCAACACCAACUCGUCCUUCAAAUGCUUCGUGGUCUCCCAGCCGAUCUCCAGGCACAAACAGCAUUCAUGCAAUUUCAGGAUCCCAUGCCCACGUUUCUGCAGGUUCGAUCUUCCCUCAUGCUACUUGAUCCACAAUGGACGAGUACCUCCGACUCAGGCACCACGGCGCUCCUCACGACCCGAGCCGGCGGCACUCACGGCGGUACUCCCGGCGGCUAUGGCGGACAGCAUGGCGGCACAGGCUAUGGGGAAGGCAACUCCAGUCAACGUGGAGGCUAUGGACGAGGACAAGGCCGUGGCGGUGGAAAUCGGGGCCGAGGUCGCGGACGUCAAAAAGGCUCACGACCGCGGCAAUCCUACGACGGAAACAAUACCUAGAACUCACCGUACCCUAACCCUAACCCGGGUCUUUUAGGCCCCCGCCUUACCCACCCCAACCCCGCCCACGCCCACUACACCCUAGCCCCCNCCCCUACAGCCCUAGCCCAUCACUUCGACACUAUGUCCCUCCGUGAACCCAAUUGGUAUAUGGACACCGGUGCAUCCCAUCAUAUUGCCUCUGACCCAGGUACUAUUUCUCAUGUUAAUUCUCAAUCUUUAUAUUCACCAUUAUAUAUCACUGUUGGUAAUGGAUCUAAAGUUAGCACUACGGCUGUUGGUAACCAUACCCUCCCCACUACCCCUUCCUUGUCCCUUAAAAAUAUCCUUAUCUCUUCUCACAUCACUCACAACCUUAUCUCUGUCCGUCAACUCACUCGCGACAAUAACUGUACAGUUGAAUU